GGAGGAGGAAGGAAAUAACCAAAUAUUCAAUGCUUCCAUGGUGAUUGAUCAGGAAAAGUAAAUUACAGUAAGUAUAGAAACAAUGUUUUAUUUUUAUUUUUUUGCAAACGUCCGGAAUCACUGUACUUUAAUGUUCAGAUCAUAAGAUUUUUAGUUGUGCACUGUAUCGGUUGUACAAAUGGUGUAAGAGACGUAGUGCUGGGAAUUAGAAAAAAGAACAUUAAUUGUCAUUUGCCAUGGAUUUUACAUGGAAAUUAAAUAUUUUUUUGCGUUCUGGGUAGUGUGUCUUUUACAUGUAAGGAGUUAAAGGAACACUAUGGGGUCAGGAACACAGACAUGUAUUCCUGACCCUAUAGUGUUAAGAUCCCCCUGGCCCCUCUUGCCUCUUGCUAUAGUACUUGUAUUUUUUAAUUUAUUUUUUAAUGUCUGCAGCUGCUGCCUCUGCCUGACCUGCCUGCUGUCUGCUGACAUGUUCAGAAGUGGUGGUGGUGGUGGUCUGAGCCCAUCACAAUGCUUCCCCAUAGGGUUGGCUAAAACUGUUAAGGAGGCAGAUCAGGGGCAGAGCCAUCACAAGUCAAACACAGGCCUGGCCAAUCAGCAUCUCCUCACAGAAAUGAAUUGAAUUAAUGUAUCUCUGAAGUGGAAAUCAAUUCAAUUAAUUGAUUAUUCUCUGUGUAUCUGCCCCUGGACAAAUUAAGAAACAAUGCGUGCACGCUCCCUGAAGUAAUUCACACCAGACACAGGUUUCAGGUUGAUGAAUAACUUGAGGAAUGUUUAUUCAGAGGGGACGGCAGGUCCCUUUUAAAGCAAAAUUACAUCAUAAGCAUUGUUUGAGAUAACAUGAAAUAAUACUUUAUUAAUUGGUUAGGUGUUAAGUGGUUUCCCUAAUGCUCUGCCUACUAAGGGUGAUGUCACUGAGACCAUGAGGGUCUCCCCCAGAUUCCAGCGCCAUCUUGUUACACGAGGGAGUUAGUCGGUGUUAUAGGGAGGGAGGGGUUAGAAGCUUCUAGUGGCCAUUUUGUCUAAAUAUGUGUUAAUAGCUUAUGCACUGAUUUCAGUUAAAUGAGUAAAUAGGCAUUUUACUAACUAAAAAUAUGUCAAUAUCUCAUUUCCACAACAGUCCCCCCUUAAAAUGGCUAUUUACCAUAACAACUGCUACUGUCCCUAACAUGUCCCUAGCUGCCUGCAGCUCAUCUGUUUUAACAAGCAUCGAACACUUCACUCCGUGGGUAACCCGCAGCAGCUAGUCCACCACAUCUCCGCACGUGAGACUUGCCUGUAGAGACAGACGCUUUCCCUAUGCUAUCCCUUACAGAAAUGCAGUUGUCUGUCUAAAUUGGUGGGAUUGGAGAGGUGUAUGUGGUGUGUCACAUUCUAGGUCAGUGACGUCCUGGUGUAGGAAAGUAGGGGUUACGUUGUCUAUAGUCUUCCCUACUGUCUUCUGUAAGUAUUUUUGUAUGCAAGGAAGUACACAACAGGUUAAGAAUAGGAAGAUGAUAAUCAUUAUGAGAACUGCUGUCCCAACCUGGAAUAGGGUUCUCUGCCAACCAUUCAUCCAUCCAAACCAUCUGUCCCAUGUGUCAGUGACCCCUGAGUUCUUUUUCAGUUCAUCUGAAAGGCUAUCUAAUUUCUCUAUUGCCAUAGUCACUUUACCAUUGGGCCCAGUGUUAUCUGGAAUAAAUGUGCAGCAUGUCAUGGUCUCGGGGAGGAUUUUACAUACACCCCCCUUUUCUGCUAAGAUCAUAUCCAGUGCCAUUCUAUUUCGAAAUGUCAUUUGGGUGGUAGCUUGCAGCUGUUCUGCUAGGCCCUGUAGGGCAUCUCUAGUAUAGUUAACAAACCGCUGCUGAUUAUAAGAUAUAAUUAAUCCAAUUGACAUUCUUAUUAGCUGUAAUCAUUGGAAUCAAAGAUUCAAACCCGGCUGACACUUCAUCCCUUGCUUUAAAUUCGUUGGGCACCCCCCUUGGCACACCAAUGGCAUCAAUAUAAACAUGUGGAUCAAAGCUACCACGGAUUGGGGCUUCCCUUUUGACUCUGGAGUGUGUGUGCGUGGGAUCUAACACAUUGUGAUGGCCAUCCGGGAUAAUGUGGAUAGGCAUUAUGGCUUUAGUUAGUGUACAUUCUCCCCACCAUAGCCCCGUUAGUUGGGAUCUCAGUUGCUUAUCACCGCACAGCCAAUAUAUGUCCCCGACUGUUUUUGCAUGAUUCAUUAACAGUGCUGUGGGUGGAUUAUGAUAGGUGGAGCAAUAACCAGAUGGGAAUUUGCCCAUGAAUGUACCUGUGUUCUUAGGUAUUGAAUAACAAGUGUAGUUACCUGGGUAUACAGUGACUCCAUCAGGUGGUCUAACGUGCCCCUGGAUGAUUAGGUAGACCUUUUUCCAUGACUCACACGUUGAGGAGUUAGUGGUGGACUGUGCAUAAAGACUCAAGACACAUAAUUCAACAUCAGGAAGUAGGUUUAAAGGCCUGGCUCCCCCACAUACAUAACAGUUAGUCUUAUUGUGUGAGUUAGCAUUAUAUCUCAUCCAUUCCAGCCAUAAGUUAGGGUCUGAGAACCCAGUUUCUGCUGCCAUCGUGUUUUCGAAAGUAGGAUUAGCAAUAGCCACCAUAUCAUGUAAAGUCUUGAUAUGUGGUUUAAGUGUGUUGACAGUCAUGUGUGUAGUUCCUACCCAGUCAGGUGAAGUAAGCAUGUCUUGUAGGUAGAAUGUCCCCAACUUGUUGUAUGAGCCACCACCCCUCCAGUACAUACCCAUUACAUAUUCCCCCGCAUCCUUUGGACUGGGAUGCGCUAUGUUCAGAGUGAGUUUGAUGGGGGUUGACCCAAUAGGUUUACUUAAGGUCAUUCUGGAGAGUAGGGGCUUCCCGUCUUUGUCAAUUCUGUCUAGGGCACUCUGGGGUUUAUAGCCCCAUGACCUACCCGUUUUUCACCCAGCCGCCUUCCAAGAGCUACAAUGAUGUCCCCAUGACCCCCCUGUUACACAAAUAUAUGGGUCCUUCUUACUGGGUAUGUCCUUGUAUAUAGCAGCAUAUUGUGUUUGUGGGAAGGUGCAAGUAACAAUAUCACAGUAAUCAAAAUAAAAGGUAGCUACAUCUGUGUUUGAGGAAUUGUACCAAAAAGUGUAAACAUGGUUAUCUUUGGUUAUCACCACUUGCUGUAAGAUUGGCCACUGGGAAGGCUUCUGGCCAUCCUGAGAACAUGUCCACAAUGACUAAUGCGUAUUCAUAGCGUCCACUCUUUGGCAUCUGGAUGUGGUCAAUCUGUAUCCUCUGAAAAGGGUAUUGUGGUUUGGCCAAGUGGUUGGGUGCAGUUUUAACGAUCUUCCCAGGGUUACAUUUAGCACAAACUGCACAGGAUCUACAAUAGUUCUGUGUUAGAGUAGUAAUACCCGGUACUUUAAAGUAUUUGUCAAUCAAAGAAUUCAUCAGAUGUUUUGACAAAUGGGCAGGUCCAUGGGCCCAUUGGACAACAGCUGGAUACAUAUUCUUGGGUAGACAGAACUUAAGGUUGAUAGUGUAAACAUCAUCUUGGAGAAUGGCCCCCCUGCUCUUCCAACUCUGUUUUUCUUGGGGGGUCGCAGCAGCUUGUUGUUCCUUUAAGAGUCUGAGAUCUGUAGGCAAUGUUUGCAUAGUAUAAAUGGGUGUUGUUUCAGUGGCCACUCUUCUGUCCACUUUCCACCCUUGUCGUGCUGCAUCCUUGGCGGCUUGAUCAGCCAAGUGGUUGCCUCGUGCUUCUUCUGAAUUCAGCCUCCCAUGGGCUUUCACUUUGAGCACUGCCACUUCUGCUGGGAGUAUUAGGGCAUCCAUUAGUUCUUCAAUGGCUAUGCCAUGUUUUACUGGAGUACCUCUGGUUUUCCAAAUUAGGCCAAAAUCAUGUGCCACUCCCAGGGCAUAUCUUGAUUCUGUAUAAAUGUUGACACGUAGGCCUUCAGAUAGCUUACAGGCCACCAUGAGGGCUGUUAGCUCGGCUUCCUGAGCUGAUUUGGUUGGUGGAAGUGCGGCUGCCUGUAAUACCUGACAUUCUGUGGUAACUGCAUAUCCAGUGUGGUAUUGCCCUUGCUCAUCAGCAAAUCUGGAACCAUCCACAAACAGUAUCUUGUCUGGAUUAGGUAGAGCAGUCUCAUGUACGGUUGGUAAAUGGGUAGUUUCCAUCUUCAUCUGUUCAAAGCAAUCAUGGGGGGCUUCGGAAUCUUGUUCCAUGGGAGGGAGAUCUUCACAGAUCUCUGUGUGGUAUCGAGGAUAUCCAACUGUGCUGCAGUUGAUGAUCUUCUUAGUUACUUCCAGUGAUUCAAGCUGUUCUUGGGUUAUUGCACUCCAGGAUUUGGCCAUUGGGCCUAGAUCUUUCCAUGAGAAAUCAGGGGACUUGGUGAAGGAUAUGUGUGGGACAGCUAUCUCCCAAUGGCGGUAGAGGUGGGAUACUUCUGUUGGAAGGUGCACUAGCAGGACCAUGUUGCCUCUGGAGUCCCAUAACAAGUCUGUCAGUGUGAUGUGAAUUUCCACAAGUCGAAAUAGUUCUUCUUCAUAAUCCACAUCAGGGCCUGGGUUGUCUUUGAACCACAGGGUAUAGUGUAACAAGUUCUCUGGUUGCACAUCAUGUGGAGUUGCAAGAGUAGGUAAUUGGAAUUCUAUCCGAGCAUCUGGGUUGAUGUCCAGGCUGUACCAGUACUGUGCCACUCCCCCCUUGGGAAGUGGCAGAAGAGUGGCCGGGUUCAGUGAGUAGCAGCGUUGUAAAGUAAGAAGAGUGGCCGGGUUCAGUGAGUAGCAGCGUUGUAAAGUAACGUUUUCAGGCAGUAGUAAAGAAGUUUGCAAAUGCAGAUGACGUUGAGAAGAGAGAUGCCUUGGUUGGGUCUGUUGAAGAAUUGCAGAAAUAUCAUGUGGAGCCAAGACAGUCAGAGCUUUGGUUAGCCCAUUAUCUGACAACAACCCUUCUUUGUCCACAAUCAACUUCCUCCCAAACUCAGGCUGUAACCUACCACUAGGUGACAUUUGAAAACCACAGAUCUUAGCAAUUUUCUUGAUCUUUAACAUUGCCUCCUUCCCCGCCCUUUCCUUCACAAUAUCACAAGCUAAAAACCCUUUAGCUGGUCUAGCAUGUUCUUGUCCCAUCUUGACCAAGCAAGGUCUGCCAAGUAAAGGGGACCGGGUGAGCGGGAAGAAAAAGUAGGAAAGUCUACAGUGCUCGACUGCCACGGGGGACCCGUGCGUCUUCCCAAAACGUAGACUAGUCACAAUGGUCCGUGCACCCGAGAUGGUGACCACGGAUCGGAGCGGGCGAGCGUGGGUGACUAACACAGCUCUGGGCAACAGACACAGGACAGAUACAGAACAAGGGAAAAGAUAAAUGUGGCAACACUAAGCACUAGACAUUUACAAAAAUCACACACAUAGAAAUGAGUGUACACUCCAGAAUCAAGGACAAACCACACAACAAACACACACCAAGGGUACCCACGCUGUAACAACAAUUGAACAAAAUCCACAAAAUGACAGAGAGUAAUAUGGCCAUGUACAUAAUAAAGCAGACAAUGGAAAUCAAAGAUCAAUAACCCCAGCCUCUCUCUCCAGGCUGUAACCCUGUACAGUAAAAUCCCACCUUCUAACAGAUGAUCCACAAUCUUUCACCGGCCGUCUAUUAUAUCCCAGCCCAGCUACCUGGGUGGUCCCCAGCCCUUCACCGGCUGCCUGCAGUUUCCCUACCCUAUCACACGGGUGGUCCACAGCGCUGCUAACAACAACCCAGCCCUUUUACUCGGGUGGUCCCCAGCCCCUCACCGGCUGCUCACAACUCCCACCUGCCAGGCGGUCUGUCUAAAAACUAUGAGAGAACACUCACACCGGCCGUCACACACAUUCAUGCAAAUUCACAGGAGGCAGAUAGACAAUCGACAGGUUCGCUUUAAAUAGGCACCGGAUAAGAUAUUACCUGUCUAGUAGCCUUCUGGAUGCCGAAAGUGGACGCGGAGGCAGACCGACACAAAACAGGAGUAUACAGACAACGGCUGUAUAUUGGAGGUGAUCAGGCUCCAGGUGUCCCACUUUCUGGAGGUCCGGUCUGGUCCGUUGGUUUCCAGCCCUCCGAGCCGGCAAAUCCGGUGCCCCACGUUGGGCGCCAAUUGAAGUGGAAAUCAAUUCAAUUAAUUGAUUAUUCUCUGUGUAUCUGCCCCUGGCCAAAUUAAGAAACAAUGCGUGCAUGCUCCCUGAAGUAAUUCACACCAGACACAGGUUUCAGGUUGAUGAAUAACUUGAGGAAUGUUUAUUCAGAGGGGACGGCAGGUCCCUUUUAAAGCAAAAUUACAUCAUAAGCAUUGUCAGAGAUAACAUGAAAUAAUACUUUAUUAAUUGGUUAGGUGUUAAGUGGUUUCCCUAAUGCUCUGCCUACUAAGGGUGAUGUCACUGAGUCCAUGAGGGUCUCCCCCAGAUUCCAGCGCCAUCUUGUUACACGAGGUAGUUAGUCGGUGUUAUAGGGAGGGAGGGGUUAGAAGCUUCUAGUGGCCAUUGUGUCUAAAUAUGUGUUAAUAGCUUAUGCACUGAUUUCAGUUAAAUGAGUAAAUAGGCAUUUUACUAACUAAAAAUAUGUCAAUAUCUCAUUUCCACAACAAUCUCUAUGAGUAAAGUGUCUACAUGCAGAGGGUGGAGACACUGAAUGGCAGUAUUGCACAGUGUGCAGCACUGCCCCAGGAAGCACCUUUUGUAGCAAUCUGAGGAGUGGCCAGUGGAGUUAUCACUAGGCUGUAAUUUAAACAUUGCAUUUUCUCUGAAAAUACAGUAUUUACUACAAAAAAGCCUGAAGGGAAUGAUUCUAUUCACCAGAACAAAUACUACAAGAUGUAGUUGUUCUGGUGACUAGAGUGUCAAAACAAGUAAUUUUUUUUAAUCAACAUCUUCUUAAAAUUUAUUAAUCUCUUAACACCAAGAAUAGAAAGAAUAAUGCAUGAACUUAAAGACAAACUUGUGUAAAUAUAUAGAUGAAAAUUCUGUUUGGUUCUAAGUUUGUUUACCAGUAAAAGUUUAACAGUAAAACAUGCUAGAAUUCAAAUUAUUGGUAUGAUAUUUUUUUUUGUUUUGUUAUGUAAGACAUAAAUAGCAGAAUAUGAUAGUGAUCUUUAGAGAUUCAGUACAAAUGAGUUUUUCUAUCCCUUCUUCUCCAUUGCUGUUUUCCAUUUUUAAUUUGUAGCCCUAUUUUUUGAAGAUCAACGGUUCACCAACAGAUUAAUGGCUUUUAUGACUAUGGCAGAUAAAAAGGAUCCACAAAAUGAUGAGAAAAAACGUAAAAAGGUAUCUUGGUAUUAUAUAAACACUUAUAUAUGGAAAAUAUAUGUGUUUGUUGGUUUAUGUAUCAGCAGGGUUAGUCACUAAAGUGUGAAUUUGUUAGGAAUUCAAAUGGAAUUUCAAAUUAUAAGCCAAAACAGCCAAAUUUAAAACAUUCUCAAAAUUAGAGAAUGUUGGCUGUUUUCACUUAAAUUUUUAAGUUCACUUGGAAAUGCUGACAAUUUACACUUUAAUCACACCUGACUAGCAUACACAAUUGUUUAGUACAAUUCGAUUUUUGGGGGGAAUUCAAAGUAAAUUUCAGAUUUCAGGUCAAAGUAGCUGAAGUGGGAGCACAGGUGAGCUACCUGGUACAUACUGUAUAUUUCCCCAGUAGCCCACAUGAACUGAAAAAAGGCUCAUUAUAAAAACAAAUACUUUGGAAAAAGAAAGCUUUAGACAGUACAUAAGUACAUAGUAUCCUUUAUCUUGCAAUAUUUCAUACAGGGUUUAAAAUUAUAUGAUAAAAGCAAAAAUGAUUUAUUUAUUUUUUACAUACUGUAGGUGUGACAAAAAUAUAUAAAUAUAAAUGGUCAAAUUCCUUGCUUAUAGGUAUUUGUAAAGAUCCUAAAGGCAUUAUUAGCAGUACAGCUUACUAUAAAAUGACAACAGAAUGUAAAAAGAAUUGAUUGCAUUUGAGCAUAAUGCUCAAUACAGCAUAAUACACCACAUCCAGUUAAAUCAUAGAUUUCUAAAAUAAAGGUAUUUAAAGCUGCUAUACCACGCUUUUGCAAUCUUUGGUUAGCUAAUGUGACUCUAGGAAUUAUAUCACCUAUUGCAACUUCCUGUACUGCUUGAAAGCAGGAGGUGAUUUUACAUUUUCAGCAACUUUACAGGCAAACUAGUGGCUUCUGGAAGAUAAAUACAUUUUUUCUGCAGGCUGGUAAUCAUAACUAGAGCAUAAAUGUAGAUGAGGGAAGCUUUAUGGGCUAGAUUUAAUACUGUAAAAUACAUUGAAAUACAAAUGUUUAUGCUCUAUUGGGGUAUUAUAGAAGUUAAGGGGUUGCCUGCAAGUGACCUAAAAGUUUGCUUAAAGGUGGACACUUGUGAAAAAUACUGUUUACAUGUAUUUAAUCAGUACAACUCUACAGAAUAUACUACACAUUGGCAAUCCUAGUGUCUUGUGAUUCAUCAUCCAGUAACACAUGCAACUUAUUUAUCCUUACUGAUUUGUCAUUGAUGGAAAUAAUAAUUUUUCCUUUUGUAUUUUCACAGCGCAAAGGAUGUUGCUGUGCGUGCUGCACUAGUUGCUGCUUCUGUUGCAUUGAGUUUCUAAGUGGAUUCAUUUUGCUGUUGAUAGUAGCAGGCCUAGUCCUUUGUGCAAGGAUCUUUUUGGGUAAGAAUAACUAAAAUAUAUUCUUAGUAUGCUAGCAUUUAUAUCUACUAUAUCCUUCUACUACACAGCAUACUGGACAGUAUUUACUAAAUGGUACGAAUGCAGGAAUCUUCCUAAAAGUAGACGUUCUUUACAUGUUCAUCAACUAUUUGCUGCUGUUAUAUUGAUAACUGAAAUAUAUAAUACGGAUUAUUAACAAAUCUCUGAGUCAAACUAAUAUUAUUGGUUAUUAAAUAAUAUAAACAAACAGAAACCCAUAUUUCUUAUGAUGAUGCCCAUAAGCAUUUUGUACUUUUUAAUAUUGUAGUAUAAAAUAAAAUGAAGUUGUGAAAAGGUGUAAGUCAAAAAGGCUCAGUAAAAAUGCUCAGUAAAUGUUUGAACCAAUAAAGACCCACAUGUUUGUGCACAAAGCUGGAAACUGUACAAAUGUGAUGAGUUUCAUGGUCUACAUAAGAAAGGGGUAUAUUUGGGCAUGGUGGAAAAUGUUGUUUUUUCCUGAGUACAUUUGGACGAAAAAAACAUUUUUUUUCAGGUAAACCAUAUUUCUGACAAUAAUUUAUUAAGUUCAAGUGAAAUUCGCCCAAUAUUUUUAGUUCGGUGUUCUCUUAAUUUUGUUUGAAAUAAGUUUAUUGGUGCACAAGAAAAGCAGUCAUCCCACGCAGGGGAGAUAAAUGGAUCAUAAUAAGCUUUCGAUAUAGGCAUAUGCCACAGAGUGCAUUUUAUAUCGACUGAGAGCAGUCAAAGCCUAGUAAGGCAGAAAGGUUAGAUUAUGUGAACACAAGUAACAUAACUAAUGUUAAGCAAAUGACAUAUUGCAUAUCCGGUCCAACAGUAGCAAGAAGAGAUCAUUCUCUGCAUCUUAUUUUGCUGUCAGCAUAUGUUAGCCGUACAAUGUUUAGGUAAAUCUGAACCGAGUUAUUUGCACUAUUGUCUACGCUGGAUUAUAACGGGUCCAGUUAAAUAAUGCCUAUUCUCAACUGUUUUUGAUUAAACAUUAUGCAGCAACCCAUUAGUGAGUCCCCAUAUGCUGGCAGGGAGGGGUUAAACUAUGGUAUAACACAAGGGCUCAUCAUUAGAAAAUCAGAGACAGGGUUAGUAAUUCACUCUGAGAUGUUAACAUGACAUUCAAUGAUUAGAUAAUGGGGGAUUAGGGGCUUAAUUGGUUGCUGUGUAUCUUCCUCUCCCCACGUUUAACAGGGUAGUAUGUUGUAAGUCUUUCAUUCGUGCCCUCAGGUAGGAGGUUAUCGGUGUCCCUAAGAUUGGACCCACAGAAACUGUACGUGCGAGAUUACAAACACAACUGAAAAAUAUGCAAUGAACGGUUAAACUGUAAACAUGCUGUUCCGUAACAUAGGGUAAUAUGAUGGGGGUAUGAACCUCCGGCUAUAGAGCCUCGAAAUAUUACAAUUAUUAAUGAAUAUUGAUAUACGAAUUAUAGCAGCACAGGGUUUUAUAUUAGUCGGUCGAGGGCCGACUAUGGCACAGCAGCGAUAUGUCCCUCAGUCCACGGGUCUCCAGCUCUCUCCCCCAGGCAGGUCUCAGCCCGCCAGUUGGACUCUCCUUGGCUCUGUGGGCACUCAGAAGCAGGUCUAGUCCGCAUGACCCCCACACCUAGAGUCUGCGAACCGUCUGCCUCCUGCACCUCCCCAAAACCUCUCAAGUCUCCGUGGAGCGUGUGCCCCCAUGUCUCUCCUGGCGCCGGCCACACUCUUGGGGGUGGUGCACGCCAGUCUCGGCCACCGGUCCGCCGGGAGGCCCGCCCCCACCUGGUCCACAGGGCUCACAGCGCCAGGGACAAGUCCCUCCGGGAUCUCGGAGGCCCGGGCACCUACUCCUCUUGCGGGCUGGUUGCCGGAGAAUCCAUCCGGAGGUCGGUAGCGCCGAAGGCUACACGCUCUGUCCAAGGCGGUCCCCACGUUAGGUGAGUAUUUUCCACUGUGUCCCUUCUCAGAGCCGUCGGGUGUUUAAUGAAAGGGGUUUAAAACAGCCGUGUGCAUAUAUCCACCGCUGUGGCUGUCCCCAUGUCUGUUUGGACCAGUCUUCUGACAGGCUGUUCCGCCUGCAGCCUUUGCCAGUGUAGGCGGUCGGCACAACACCAGCCCGGGGACUCCCGUCGCCAUGUGGGCCGCCGCCAUGAGGUCGGGAUUACCCCCGCCGACCAUGAGGGGGGGGAGCGGGGCCGCACCGCCGGCAGGCACCGGCCGUGUUAAGUCAGGGCCCCUUCGCGCUGACCGCCCUGCUCAGUUGCCGCUUGAGGCUCCAUAUUGUGUGUAGGCCGGAGACAUCAGCACCCACCUUCCAUCUUGCUGUUGGUGGUUAUUGGGUGUCUUUCUGAUGCUAGGGUUUUGCUCUGCUCCGGUACCGCGGAGAUGUCCACUUUGGGGUGUUCAACACACCUUUUUAGUGCGUUUUUCCCGUGCUCGGAUCAGGAGCUAAGGUUCAUGGCUGCCAGCCGGCCCGGCGGCCCGGCCCCGCCCCCGGUGUUCUCUUAAUUUUGGUCUAUAUGUUUUUUUCGGUAGAUAGCUCCCAAGUAUGGUACCCUAAUGUGGAAUUUCUAUUGUGUAUAUUUAAGAAUACCAAAUUAGGGAGCUGUUUAGUAGAUGGCUCCCUUUUGGUAUCCUUAAAAAUGGCAAUCACACAUAAGAAUACCAUAUUAGGGGGUUAUAUAUUGAUCUACUAAGUACUAGCUGCUGAAAGAUCCAGGCUUUAAAAAAAAGCCCUUUUUACAUAAUGACCCUUAUGUGAGAUUUCUGUUUAGUAGGAGGCUCCCUAAUUUGGUACCCUUUUAUGGGAUUAACAGUAUUUAAAUAUACCAAAUUAGGCAGUUGUUUAGUAGCUCUUUUCUUAAUUCUGCUCUCAUCUAUUUAGUAUAUAACUCUGUAAAUAAAAUUGGUAGCUUUCUACUGAACACAAUGGUUUCCUAUUUAGUACUCUUAAAUAUCGUAAUCCCACAUAAGGUUACCAAUUUAAUGAAUUUACAAGAAUAAACUUAAAAUAAUGAAGAAUAAAUUGUGCAUGGACGAAUUUAGUUGACUGUGCAAUUAGCUUAUUCUUCCAUUGUGCCAUUCAGAGAGUCGGAAUUUGGAGCAGAUUUUUGUCUGUUUGUCUGAAUUUUGAUUCCUCUGAAAUCUAAUGCCCAAGUCUAGAAAGGGGCAAAAUCUUAGGAUCACACAGGCUUUUAUCUAUUCAUGAAACUGAAUCUGUAGUGGAACAUUUCAACAAGGUCACUGUGCCACAAGUAACAAUAUAAUUGGCCUAGAGCAUCCUUCGAUGGUUUUUUGCCUACGUAAAAGAAGAUAUUAAAGUCUUCAAAAUGUUAAAAGGCUUCAAAAUGUAGUGAUCUUGCUGCAUAAUAAUAUCUUAAAGUGAGAUUGGUUUGAUGUAAUCAGCUUAUGAAGAUAUGGUUCUGUGUUUUAAGGCUUUAAGUGUCUCUAAAGCAAAAUACUUCAAGUUGGUCAAUAUCUAUUCUUUUUUUUAAUUAUUCUUAGUUUUUUGUCUUGGAUCAUAGUCGCAGCUUAAAACAAUACAUAACAUGAACAUGUGAGAGAUAAAAAUAACAGCCAGUUGUACUCAUUAAACAGAUCAUCUGUCACAUUGUGGCAAGGGGCCAUGGGCCAAGGGUUUUGUGUUUUUUAGUACUGGUGGUGCCUACAUGUGGUCUAAUGUCUCUCACACCUAGGAUUACAGUGACGUUCCCGGUGGCACCAAUAGUGUGGGCUAGUUAUAGGCGGGGGAGGUGGCAGAGAAGAUGGUAGUUGAAGUACUUGGUCUUCCUAGGGCAGCUUAGGCUACGUUUUAUCAAAGGAUGGGGCGCAUAUGCCUUGGUCUAAUGCUACAUAGAUGUACCCUUUUACCCCGGGUCUGGGGGAGAGGAGGGUUGACCAGUUUGUGCAGGGAGUUAGAGGGAGCUACUUAAGGUAAUGCUUGGUGGUACAUUAAGUGGCUCGCAGUGGUGAGCGUUACCAUGAGGGAGUAAACAUUAUAACAUUAAAACAUUAAAACAUGCAUUCAAAGUUGAACAGUAAAGAAUUCAGUUCUGCACAGAUCAGGAGGACUGAAAGCAGGUUGGUGCUUGUGACUGGUUCCCAUCAUGUAGUGAUCGCUGCAUACAGGGAGUGCAGAAUUAUUAGGCAAGUUGUAUUUUUGAGGAUUAAUUUUAUUAUUGAACAACAACCAUGUUCUCAAUGAACCCAAAAAACUCAUUAAUAUCAAAGCUGAAUAUUUUUGGAAGUAGUUUUAGUUUGUUUUUAGUUAUAGCUAUGUUAGGGGGAUAUCUGUGUGUGCAGGUGACUAUUACUGUGCAUAAUUAUUAGGCAACUUAACAAAAAACAAAUAUAUACCCAUUUCAAUUAUUUAUUAUUACCAGUGAAACCAAUAUAACAACUCAACAUUCACAAAUAUACAUUUCUGACAUUCAAAAACAAAACAAAAACAAAUCAGUGACCAAUAUAGCCACCUUUCUUUGCAAGGACACUCAAAAGCCUGCCAUCCAUGGAUUCUGUCAGUGUUUUGAUCUGUUCACCAUCAACAUUGCGUGCAGCAGCAACCACAGCCUCCCAGACACUGUUCAGAGAGGUGUACUGUUUUCCCUCCUUGUAAAUCUCACAUUUGAUGAUGGACCACAGGUUCUCAAUGGGGUUCAGAUCAGGUGAACAAGGAGGCCAUGUCAUUAGAUUUUCUUCUUUUAUACCCUUUCUUGCCAGCCACGCUGUGGAGUACUUGGACGCGUGUGAUGGAGCAUUGUCCUGCAUGAAAAUCAUGUUUUUCUUGAAGGAUGCAGACUUCUUCCUGUACCACUGCUUGAAGAAGGUGUCUUCCAGGAACUGGCAGUAGGACUGGGAGUUGAGCUUGACUCCAUCCUCAACCCGAAAAGGCCCCACAAGCUCAUCUUUGAUGAUACCAGCCCAAACCAGUACUCCACCUCCACCUUGCUGGCGUCUGAGUCGGACUGGAGCUCUCUGCCCUUUACCAAUCCAGCCACGGGCCCAUCCAUCUGGCCCAUCAAGACUCACUCUCAUUUCAUCAGUCCAUAAAACCUUAGAAAAAUCAGUCUUGAGAUAUUUCUUGGCCCAGUCUUGACGUUUCAGCUUGUGUGUCUUGUUCAGUGGUGGUCGUCUUUCAGCCUUUCUUACCUUGGCCAUGUCUCUGAGUAUUGCACACCUUGUGCUUUUGGGCACUCCAGUGAUGUUGCAGCUCUGAAAUAUGGCCAAACUGGUGGCAAGUGGCAUCCUGCACAGCGCACAGCUGACUUUUCUCAGUUCAUGGGCAGUUAUUUUGCGCCUUGGUUUUUCCACACGCUUCUUGCGACCCCUGUUGACUAUUUUGAAUGAAACGCUUUAUUGUUCGAUGAUCACGCUUCAGAAGCUUUGCAAUUUUAAGAGUGCUGCAUCCCUCUGCAAGAUAUCUCACUAUUUUUGACUUUUCUGAGCCUGUCAAGUCCUUCUUUGACCCAUUUUGCCAAAGGAAAGGAAGUUGCCUAAUAAUUAUGCACACCUGAUAUAGGGUGCUGAUGUCAUUAGACCACACCCCUUCUCAUUACAGAGAUGCACAUCACCUAAUAUGCUUAAUUGGUAGUAGGCUUUCGAGCCUAUACAGCUUGGAGUAAGACAACAUGCAUAAAGAGGAUGAUGUGGUCAAAAUACUCAUUUGCCUAAUAAUUCUGCACUCCCUGUAGGCCUCUGUCCCAGCCGCUGGAGAACGAACGGGAUCACCUUAGCAGGGUCCCAGGUGCAAGGUGCCGCCAGGGCUAGGGAGUUCCGUUGAAGCCCCAAGGUAGGCAGCAGAUCCUUUCCCCUUUGCAUGUCCUGUAUGGUGGAGGAAGAGUCGCUGUAGUGGACCAGAAGUGUUCGAGUCCCCUUCCAGUUGUAUUUGAUGUUGUGCUAGCGUAAGAGAGUCAUGAAGGGCUGGAGUAAGCACCGCCAUGCUAGUGUUGACUUAGGUCCACAUAAAACGAAAGCUGCAUGUUCGCAAUAGGUAGGGCGAGUGGUUUUGUGUUGCUUGUAUCACUGCUGAGUUGUCUUUGUGGGUUUGGAAGUGCAUCAGGAGAUCUCUCGAUGCCGAUGUUGGGGCCUUGGCUGGUCUUGGCAGGUGAAACAUCCCCUCUAUGGUCACAUGCUUAGCCAGCUUGGGAGGCAGGAGGGCCUGCAUGAGUCGCCUUACCAAGUGUGGUAUUUCGGCAUCCGGUAUCUCUUCUCCGAUACCUCUUAUCUUGACAUUCAGGCUGCUCCUCUGGUCCUCCAGUGCCGCGCAGCGCUGGUUAUAUUUAAGGUGCUGCUGCUGCAAAUCUUGCACUGCUUGCUGCAGGAUCUGGGUCUGUUUUGUGUUAUGGCGGGAAUCAUCCUCUAGGGUACCCAAGCGGCCUGUCAAACCCUGCAGCUCCUUAUGGAUUUCGGCCAUGUCGGUCGGUAUGGUGAGCUGAAGCCCCGCCAGCAGUUUCUUCAUGACCGUUUUGGUCACCGGAGAUGAGUCUGGCUGUGGAGGAGUCUGGAGAGGUGCCGUCAUGACAGGUAAGUGCUCCGCAUCCACUCCUACUAGGAAAUCUUUUGAGACAUCUGAGCAUUCGUCAGUGUAGGCGGCCAUGUUUGGGCCAAUUGCUCUGUGCGCUUGUCUCCAAAGAUCUCCAAUACUCAUGCUUUGCGGUUUGUCGGGCUUGGGCUUUUUUGUUUUUUGGCCCAUUUUGCUGCCAGCAGUCUGUGGGUCUGCUUGGUGCCAUUUUCGCUAGGUUUGGGCUGUGAAAGUGGGCCCCUGGGUGUUGGUUUGGUGCAGAGCUCGGACGGCAUGCGACCAUUCAGGUCAGUUGCUUGACUCCGCUCCCCAUCUAUUCUUUUUUUAAACAAGCUAAGUCCUAAAUAGCACUAAUGACUCCUUUAACCAGUACCAGGUAACAACACAGAAGAGGGGAGCUAUAAACACUCCAUAAAGGUAUACUGUAAAUAAUUAUAUAACAGGCUCAUUUAAUUCUGCAAAUAGUUGUAUCAGUGUUGACACCAUAUUUCAUUAGGGUGUAUACACCCACAGAUUUAUUGAUUACUCAUUUAAAAUGCCAUACAUUUAUAUUGAUAGAACAAAUUAAAAUGUAAUUAGUUUGUAAACUAUCAGCUAAAUGAUAGUAAUAAAAAAAAACACACUUAAAAUAUGUUGUAUAUGAUCCGGCUUGUUCCGGGGCAAUCUGUGUUGUGGUGUUAGCUCUAUGGGGCCGACCAGGGAGCUGCCAGUUGAGCUACAGGCAAGUAUAGAAUUUCAGUAAAGCUCUUACUAACCGUAUUUGCUUAGCACUAUACAAAUAAAUUAUGAUAAUUUCGAUGAUAAUGGAAUUUAAAAGUACCUAAAACAUACUUUCCAACAGUCUUGAAUCUGGCAAAAUAGUCCCACAUGUGGAAUGCUUGUUCUUCCAUCCUGGGAUUUUUCUCCUAACUGGUUUACACCUGGGGACAACAGGGAAAAGUGUUUUGUUUGGACAGGCUUACUCUACAGCACAGGUUCCCAGUCCUCAAGCACCACUAACCAUUCCAGGAUUUGGGGAUUACCCUGUUGUGUCUAAAGUUCAUUUUUUUUUUUUUUUUAGCACCUUAGACACAACUGGGUAAUCCCUAAAUCCUGGACUGUUAGGGGGUAUUUGAGGACUGGCUUGGGAACCACUGUUCCACAGUAAGCAAGAAUGUUAGAGCAUUCCAUCCCAAACAAAUGACACUUCAAUUGUGUUCUGGGCAUGGGCAGUCCUGCUUCGCUUCCUAGCUGGGCAGUGUGUCAUCCUGGCAUGCACAACUGGUAAAAUUCCACAGCUAUAAAUAUUACAAUGUGUGUUGUAGUGACUGGUUUUAUACCUUUGUUUAUAAUAAUAAAACGUUUUAUUUCCACAUUAAUGUGUACAGUAAAACAUAAUCGUUAUCAGCAGAAGUUUGGGUCACCAAAAUGCCCCUACCUCCACCUAUUUCUGCAGAUACUCCCCCUUGGAAUACAUAUGUAUUCCAUUUUAAAUGUUGGGAGGCAUAAGACAGUAUUACAUUUUACUUUAAAAUACUGUAACUUGUUAAGAACAUGUUAUAGUUUUUUGGACGAUAUGCAAAGGGAAAUAUAUCCAUAGAUCACAUGAUUACCCUGUAUGAAAUUAAUGUAUCACUAUAUUUGUCAUGGCACUUGUGUACCAUGACACAUCUAAUGUGCUACAACUAUGAUGAUUUAGUCUCUAUAUAGCAAAUUCUUUACUCUUUUCAAAAACAGGUGUUCUAAACCACUGCAAUGCCAUUCGAACAUCUAAUCUAAUCACUCUGAUGUACAGUCAUUUUCAACACUUUAUUUAACAGAAACUUUGCUUUUCCCCAUCCAGAGUUUCCUGUUAUCCUCAAUGGAUUUGGACACACCUUUAAUUUCUCUUCCUAUGCAGUCAGUGCAAUAACUUCUGAAUCUUCCAGCACAUACUUACUGGGAUCAGCAUGUGGACUGUGUAUUGGGAAUACCGACCCUACACAUUGCAAUAACACAUACCGAGUGUAUAUGGGAUCCUUCAAACUUUUAAAUGAAUUGUACCAAACCCAGUACAAUGACACAUCAAAUACUGGUUUCCAAGUAGAAGCCAAACGAAUAGGAAAGAUGGUAAGUUUAUUUUAUUACCAUUUAACAAAUAGUAUAAGCACUUGUGAAACGUAGUUCACUUGUCCUUUUAACUCCUAGAGGUGGUAGGUUUCCUAUAGGACCAACAUAAACUAAUGUUUUAACGUACCUCCGACUUUUGCACCGACGAUGCCCACAAUGAUUAUAUUUAAUAUAUUAAUGCAUUCAACACUAGGGAGCUGAUUCACAUGCGCAGAGAGCACUGCAUGCGCAUCCUUUGCGUCUUAUUGAUUUCAAUGCAUUCCUCUGAGCUUCUACGUCACAUGACCGAGUUUUACUUAGUCAGGGCAGUGGAAGCGCCUGUAGUGGUGUCACAAGACAACUGCUGGAGGUGGAUUUAACCCUGCAAUGUAAACCUGCUUUACCAUGCAGGGUUAAAAUGUCAGGACCACUGUCCCAGAUCGCUUCAUUGAGAUGCAGUGGUCUGGGUGACAAGAGUGGUCAUUUAAUCUGGCAAAGGUAUCCUAUGUGAAACACAUAAAUAAUAUUUUGCAGUAAUGGGAAACACGGAUGGGAUUGUGAUAAAAAAAAAAAAAAAACAUGUUUGGAUUAUAGGAUCCACUACAAUAUUUAAUCUGAGGUGUUUGAAUAUAGCAGGUUUUGUAAAACCAGAAAUAGACAAAUAAAAAUAAAAAAUAAAAAAAUAUAUAUAUUUUGUGCAAACAUCUCGGAAAAUAUAUAUGGGAUUUAAAAUGUACAAUUUGUCCGGCUUUCUUCCACAACAAUAGCGUUCUGUCUAGAAUAAACAGGUUCAUGUGAUACCUAGCAGGUGCACAGGUAUAGGAUUGCAGGCUUUGGAUGCAAGUGCAUGGAAGGGAAAAGAAACCUCUAAUUUGUGAAAAAUGCUUUACAAUACGACAAUGGGUGUUUAAAUACAAAACUGGUGGGCUGACUUGGCACUCCUGUGGGGAAAUUUAAAGGAACACUAAGCACCAUAACCACUACAUAUGAAUGUAGUAGUUUUGAUACAUGGAUGCAAUCCUUUUUCUCAAUGUUCAUUUUUGCCAUUUCUCUAUGAGAAGCAUCGGACUGGCGAUUACUAUUUUAAAAACUAGAGUGAAUAAAUGCUUUAUAAAAAGUGCUUGUGAUUUUAAUCUUACAUUUAAUUGUUUUACAGCUCAAAAGAAUAUUCAACAGUAGCCUGGUGAAACCAUAUAGCAAUGCUUCUACCUUUUUAAUAAGGUAAAAUAUAAUGUAUGUAUCAGCAUGUCAGCAAGGUUCUUCAAAUGUUCUCUAAACAAUAGGCUUGUUUGAUCUGGGCCCACGUCACUUGUUAUUGUGUUUGUAUACAGUCCAAUAUGAUCUUCUCUUAUUUGUAUGUUUUAUCUACCCAUUGCACAGCACCACAGAACAUGAUGAUGUUUUAUAAGUAUAAAUAAAAAUACUGCAUGACUUUGACAUGGUUUGGAAAAGCCAGAGUGCAUGCAUAGAGCUGCAUGUUAAUAGCUAGUAAAAUAUUAACUAUCUGUUUAUCUAUGUGAAGUGUACGUUUAACUAAGCUAUCUUUUAUUGCAGCCCAGACCCAUUUACUGCCCAUGUCCAGUUGCUAUUCUGCAAUGAUAGUGCAGCAGAUUAUGUAAUUAAUGGAGAUGCUGUGGCACAGGUUCUUAAAAGCUUUAAUGGAAGCCUGGGUGACAUGAAUAUAACCAUGGAUACUAACAGCGUGGUCAUGGGAGGUAAUAUUCCUUAGCUGUUUAUCAAUUGUCUAUAUCCAUACACACUGUAGGCUAAUAGGGAUGCCUGUGGCUCCAGACUUGAAUAAAAAGUAAGAUUUUACUAUAUUUAGAGGGAGAUGGGAAGACCAGAGGGGCUAGAUCAGGGGUAGUCAACCUUUUUCUACCUACUGCCCACUAAUGGAAAAAUUUCCUUACCGCCCACCAGUUUUCGCGCAAGUGCGGAAUGUUUUUUAGAAAGGAGGGUGUUUUAAAAAAAAAAAAAAAAAAAUGUACGUACAUUUAUCUUUUUAUUUCUACUUAAUGCAUGUUUAUAAUGUUUUUAACUUCAUAAAAUUUAAUGAGAAAACAAUAAAGUAAAUUGAAAUUACCUUUACUAGUGAUUGAGAUCCUUGAGGUUGAUGCUGCGAGACUAAAUAUUUGAUAUCUGGUUCGAUUUUUCAUAAGGAACAAACAAAGGUCUCCUCUUUCGGUGAUAUUCAGACGACUUCUCUGUUUUCGCAUAAAAUGAUUUCUCAUCUGUGCGUCAGCUCCCCUCCUCUCCCUCCUCAAUUCCCUUCCCCACCUUUUUUCCCCUUUUUUCUAUUUUUUAACCUUACUUAUAGCAAUGCCCAGUAGGAAGUCUGAGCUAGGUAGCCCACUUACUAUUAUUUACUAUAGCCCACUAUAAAAGACAGGCACACAUACAUACAGACACACACACAAGACACACACACACAUACAUAGACACAUACAUACAAACAGACAGGCACACACAUACAUACAGACACACAGACAAGGAAAACACAUACAUAUAAACAGACAGGCACACAUACACACACAUAAGACAUACAUACAAAGACAAGACACACAUACAUACAAAUCAUCAAAGCUGGAAGUGCACUCAGCUCCUCACUAGGGAAUCCAGGGUGCUCUUGAAAAAGUCCCAGUACCCAAAAGGACCAAGCAGAUAAAUUUGUAGAAAAUGAUCAAGGCACUCCAAUAGUUUCCAGUUUUUAAGGCAAUUUAUUUGGACCAGGAACUACAAAGCAACGUUUCAGCCCCAACAGGGCUUUUUUCAAGGGAUCCCAUUCUGAAGAAGCCACUUAUGGUGAAACGCGUUUAUGGUUAUUAAUUCUGUAUUUUACUGUGUAUUUUAGAUCAAUAAAAGUUUUUUGGCUACUUUAUUGUACCAAUCCUCUUUUUAUUGCACUCUUUAUGCACUUUAAACAACUGUUUUUUUUACCUUUUCCUGGCAUUUUAACCUUUCCUGGUUACUUUUACUUCCACUGGCAAUUUUAAAGUUCCAGUACUCCAAGAAGAUGAGUAUUAUUUUAUUUUCUCUACUACUCUCUUAACCUAUCACAAUUGAGAGCACUAUUGCUGCUUUUUAUUCUUCUAUAUUGGAGCCUUGGAUCACCAGACGGUGCUGACAGACGUAUCGCCGCUACAUAUCCUAUAAGCGGGGAUUAUACCGCUGUACGCUAUCCACACCAGAGCUGGCCAUAGCUCCCUCAAAUGUGAGUUUUUUACCUCUUCUUAUCUGCACAUUGAACCACAUCAAAAUUGAGAGCACUAUUGUUGCUUUCUGUCUUUCUUUUCCGAGUUCUGGACUACCAGAUGGUGUUGACGGAGACCCCCUCCCUACAUAUCCCAUAAGCGGGGAUUAUACCGCUGUACGCAAUCCACACCAGAGCUGGCCAUAGCUCUCUUGAAUGUGAGUUCUUUACUUUUUGUUAGCUAUCACACCCAGAACUUUCAUACUAUACCAUUAGUCGCCUCUACCUCUCUUGUAUUUACAUAUACGGAACGGUCUACACUAGACGCAUCCACAGAGGAACUCUAUCAAGUAUCCUAGACCAUCUAUUGGCACCCUAGCAAUACUUUACUGGACUAUCUACCCUUAUUUGGCGCAGCCCUUCCAUAUCUUUUUGUAUCUAUCCACCGAAGGACCCGAGGGGUUUUCCUUCAUUUGGGUUGCUGCCUACCUUGACUAAUUUUGUGAUUACUAGCGUUGAAUUCUUUUUGUGUUUAUUUAUUAUGGUUACUGAAAUAUUAAUGAUUUAAAGAUCACAAAAGAUCACCCAGCGUGUGACAAUAGCCCAGGAAAAUUAAACCGGACUGGUCCGUUAGUUCAACAUUUGUUCAUUUAAACAUCAGUUCUGUCUCUUUUAUUUAUUUUUUUAGUUAUUAACUAUUUUAUUAAGGUAACCAUGUCUGCCUACAAAAGCGCAAGAAACCGAGCUGAUUGAUUCGUGCCGAAUUUGUGCCGUUCAAUAUAUUCGUUCUGUCUCUUUCAGUUUUUGAUAUAUAAACAAUUAUUCACUUAUUUUAUUUUAAGAUGCCUUGAAUUAUAUGCUAUAUAUUUUUCCAUGUUUUUUAAAACCUGUAUGUAAUUUAAGCGGCUUUUGGUAUUCACCACUAACAUAACUUUAAAUAACUGUAUACUUGUAUGUUAUGUCUUGUCAUCAGGGCCGUAUUUAAUACUGAUUGGACCCUGGGCAGGUAUUUGAUUGGGGCCCCUUGACCUAGCCCUUCCCCUUCAUAGCACGCGCCAUCAACGCCCACAAAAAAAAACCAACACACUUAGCCCUCUCAUUUCUUACUGAGACAAAAUACACACACUAACACACAUACAGAUGCAAACACUGAAAUAUAUAGAGAUGCACACGUACACAGGUACAGACAUACAGAGAGAUACACAGACACACAUGCAGAUACACAGAUACACACUGACACACCUACAUACACUGAUGCACAGAUACACUCACUGGCAAACAUGCAUAUAAACCGAAACACUAACACACAAACAAACACACUGACAUACAUGCAGAUACACACAAUAACAUGCAGAUACAUACAUGGACCCACAUGCAGAUACACACAGAUACCAACACUGACACAUAUACAGAUACACACACACACACACAGAAUGAUACACAUUCAAUUACACAGAAUGACACACAGAUACAAACACAGACACACAUGCAGCUACACACUGACACAUGUGCAGGUACAAAGACAUGCAGACACACAUACAUACAAACAGAAACUUACAUACAGACACUUACAUACAAACAUACAGACAGACACAUACAUAGAGACACUUACCUACAUACAAACAGACACGUACAGACACUUACAUACAAACAGACACAUACAGAUACACACAGACAGACACAUACAUACAGAUACGGACAGACAGACACAUACAUGCACAUUUAUUAUGUGUUUCCUACCUUUGGAGGCAGCUGGGGCAGCUGCUUUGGGCCCCCUAAGACUGACUGGGCCCAGGGCAGUUGCCCCUUUUGCCCUGUGUUAAAGACGGCCCUGCUUGUCAUAGGUUAUUUGUUAUACUUUUCAUUUGUGCUAUCGACAUUAUAACUUUGUUCAGCUGUAUGUCACAAAAGUUAGUUUUAAGGUGGACUGUAUUGACUGGUUUAGAAAAAGUGUCACAAUAGUCUCCCUCUUAAUAUACAGUACAACUGUUAGAGCUGGUGGUAAGACAUACAGUUUGUUGCCUUAUUUCACAUUUUAAUUUGCUCAGCUUUGGACUAUCCUAUUUUGUUGCAUGGCACAGAGCUCCAUGGCUGUACAAAGUUGCCACCGGUCAGGCAUGGGGAGUGGUACAGCUUUUGACACUUUCGCAGAGAUCGCAUUGUGCAUGUGCAUAGUAUGCCACAAUCUCACUGUGGAACACAACUCAACCAAUACAUUUGUUCCACCUGAAGAGCAUCCGAGCAGCAAGUGCCCAUGCCACUUCUGGCUGCCAGCAUUGACUGGGCGGAAGUAGGAAAAGCAUGAAAUGCAGCCCCCUUCUCCCCCUUGUGCAUUCAAUCGCUUGAGGAGGGGAGAGACGGCUCACAACCAAAGCUGCUCUCUGAUCUGGCAGAGUCCUGCCGGACUACAGUCGCCUCACCACAAUGGUAGAAGCCAAAAAGAAGUUAGUCCUGACUACCUAUCCUGUCGAAGGCAGGCAAACAACAGGGGAAAUUUGGUCUUUGGGGUCUUUAUAGACAUGAGGGAAGGAGUUGGGGCUUACGUCCUUUUAAAAAAAUUUCCCAGUUCUGAUUUUCUUUCCAAUUUAAGUGCUUCUAUAAAAGCUCCUUCUAAGGUCUACUAAAUGUGUAGCAAUUUAUCAGGUGUGGGCCGAAAUCAGUGUCAAAUUGGGUGCUGGAUUAGCUAAUAUACGCUGAACGAAAAAAACUGUUGUAAGUGAAAAAACAAAGUAGCAUAAAUAAAUAUUUUAACACAAAAUCACAGCACAAACAAAUGGUAUAUUUGCUUUUAAAAUCGAAUAACAUAAGUUGUAGAGUAAGUAGGGUUUGAGUAAAUAUAAUGGUCAAUAUUUCCAAGACCAAACCGACACAAAUGUAAAUUUUUGCAGCACAAACGAAUGAUAAAUUUGUUUUUAAAAGUUAAUAAUGUGUGGUGCAAAGAGAGCAAAGUUUAAUUAUAUACAAUGCAUGUUUCGAAAACGAAACUGUCACAAAUGUUCAUUUAUGCAGCACAAAUGAAGCACAUACAAUUAUAUAUUUGCUGUUAAAAUGUAAUAACAUGGAUUGCAAAGUGGGCUGUACUAGAUCAAAUAUAAUGCUCAAUUUUUCCAAAACCAAGCCCGUACAAAUGUUAAUUUAUGAUGCACAAAUCAGAACAAAUGCAGCACAAUUUAUGGUAUAUUUGCUUUUAAAAUGUAAUAAGGUGUGGUGUAAAGUGGGUUGAAUUUGAUAUUAUAUAAUAUCUCCAAAACGAAACCGAAACAAAAGUACAUUUUUGCAGUACAAACAAAUGGUAUAUUUUCCCUCACAUUUUAAAAACAUGGGUAACUAUCUUUAAAAUUGGAUUGCAUGGCAGGUUAGAGAGCUGAAUUGGAUGGCAGAUUACAUAAUUUUCUCUGAAAAAAAAAAUAGUGUCAUAACUAAAAAAAAUGAAAGCUGCACAAAUAAAAAAAUGUAAUGGCUCAAACUCAACAUUAGCCAACCAGACCAGUUCCAUCUGUUUUGGCUGUUGUAGGGGGCUGGGUGACCUUUAUUAAAUAGUUAAAUGGACACUCCACUGCCCAAAUACAAAAUAAACACAAAUUGCUGUUUAGUAAAUAUACCCUAAAUGAAAACGUGUGUUUUUUAAAUUGAGGUAUAUCUAAAACCGCUUGCAAAAUUUGCAGUUCUGUCUUUGCAAUCCCUCCCCUUCCAACCCUGCCCUAACUUCAGUGACUGUCCAAUCACAGACUUCCCAAUGUAGCUCAAUGAGAAGUCUUUCCAAAGCAGGUGGUCUAGGCAAUCUUGUGGUCAGUGCAAAAACAAAACCAGUAAGUAACAGGACCCUUUGCCUGUUUGAAAGUUAAGGUGUGUAACCAGAUUAAUUUAUUAAAGUGUAAAUUUCUAUUUAAAUCUGCACUUUUUUCAAAGAUUUUCAGUAUCCUAAAGUGCUUUAGGGGUCUGGAGUGUGCAUUUAAUAACUCAAAAUUUAAAUGAAGAAUUGAGAUCUAAACAGCAGAAACCGACACAAACACAGCACUAACCAACUAGCCCGGGUUUCAUAUCUUUUGGCUGUUGUAGGGGGUCGGGGGGAUGACAUUGGGUGACCUUUACUUAAUGUGGAAUAACUAAAAAAAUUAUUACUGUUAUAUUAAUAAUAAGAGCAGCACAACUGCUCUUGCAAUUGCAAAAAUAUUUUUAUGGCAAUUAGACAACACAAACAUAGCACUAACUAAACAAAGUUGAUUUUCUUUUUUUUCCCCAUUCUUUUAGUCUCUGAGAGUAGGUGGAAUAUACAUUGGUUUACAUUAACAUUGGGAUGUAUAUGCUUGCAGCGACAACAAAAGCAAAUUAUAAAAACAAACAGUAGUUUACUGCAUGAAUAUACAGAGAUAUAUAAUCAGUUGCGAUAGGUCCAUUAAAUCAAUGAUAUGUACAUGUUUGUUGUCUUUUUGAGAGGUCUUCUAGUAUGACUAAAUACAGACAAAAAUGCAGAAGAAAAGUGGCACAGAAGACAUUAGAGGCGGAAAGAGGAUGAGAAGAUAAGAAAAAGGGUCGGUACUAAGAGAGGCAGCCGCGUUGGGAAGCAGUUAGGGGGGUGGAGGUAUGCCUGAUGUCCACAAACUCUCUAGAAAAGUCUCCCAAGGUUCCCAGAUCUUGGCGAAGGCCCUUAAGUACGGGGAGUACUUGGGCAGUGAGUUUAUCCAUUAAGUAAUUGUCCUUCAAUUUUGAGAUAGCUAAGUCCAUUGGGGGGGUGUCGGGUUGGAGCCAAAUCUGGGCUAGGGCAUGACUUGCAGCCAGUGAGAUUUUACCAAGGAGCAUCUGUUCUGCCCUCGGCCAGUCGUCCAUUGACUUGUAGAGUAGAUACACCCAAGGAUUUAAAUCUAUAUGCUCAUUGGAAACUCGAGAGGCGAGAAUGGGGCAGCUCAACCACGUGUUUAUAUGUUCCUCCGAUUCUUCAGAGUCUCCAACACUGGUCAGUAUUUUUUUUUUCAUAUGAUACAGCUGCACUGGGGUGGUAUACCAUCUGAACUUUGUUUUGUAUGAUUGUUCCUGCAUAGUUACGCAGAUGGAUGUUAUACUGUUGGCUUCCCACAUGUCCUGCCUUCAAGUACCUCCCCUAGGUUAGCCUCCUAUUGGUCGAUAUAGUGGAGUUUUGUGCCUGAGCACAAAUGGGAGUAUAAUUGAGUAAUCAUGCUUUUUUGGUAAGUUUCAGCUUCACAUAUAUGCUCAAAGAAAGUCAGUUUCUGCUAAUUUAAUGUGGGGUUGGCGGGCAAAUUCCCUGAUUUGUAUAUAUCUAAAAAAAGUCAAAUGAGGUUAGGGUGGCUCAAUUUUGGAGUUCUGUGAAGGGAACAAUUGAGUCUCCAUUAUAGAGUUGGUGUAUUCUUUGUAAUUCAGCAAGUUCUAGGCUUUGAAAAUCCCUUGCCCUCAUUCCUGGGAUAAAGGUUAUCUUCCUAAGGAGGGACAUCAGUGGAGAUGGGGAGGAUAUUAGCCUGUUUUGUGCACAACAGUAUCCCAGAUCCAGAUGGAGUUGGUCACAGAUUGGCAAUCAGUGUGAAGUAAGGCUCUGUGGUCUUUAAGGACUUAGAUGUAAUAUUGUGGGAGGUUGGUUCCCAUCAAAAGGGAUUCUAAGUCUGACCAUUUUCUUUUGUCUGGGAGCGAAUGCCAUAAGGCUAUCUGGGUUAGUUGGGCCACUAGAUAGUAAAAGAAAAGAUGGGGUAAUCCCAGGCCUCCAACCCUCUUAGGUUGGUAUAGGAUGUUCCGCGCCACACUGUGCCUCUUGAUUUGCCAACCAAUGCGAUCUAUGGCUUUUUGUAGAGGGGCCGGAUCUUGUUUAGAGAUGGGGAGAGGUAGUGCUUGAAACUAGAAUAAAAUACAAGGAAGGAUGCUCAUCUUCACAGAAUGUAUUCUAUCAAUCCAUGAGAUUGGUUUAUCUAUCCAUCGGUCUAAGUCAGAGAUUAAAGUGUUUAAGAGAGUGGUAUAUUCAGCUGGUAGUUGGAUGCCUCGAUAUUUGAUGGAGGAAUGGGAUAUCUGAAUGCGGUAUGUGUGCCAUGUCCACCGCUUACAGUGCUAUGGUGAGAGCGCUAGACUUCUCCAUGUUAACUUUAUAACCAGCUAAUUGUCUGUAUUGAGUCAGAAGGGGAAUCAAGGCCUUCAUGGAGUCCAAUGCCCCGAUUGUAGGGCCGCCAGUUUUAUGCAGCCUUCAAGUGUAUUGUUUACUUUAACUCCCUCUUUAAUAAUUUCUGAUGUUAUACUGUUUUGGCUGCUGGGUUUGGAGCUUGGAAGUGGGGAGAUCUUGGAGUGGUAAAAUAGCAUGUUAACACUUGUUUUAGUCAUUGAAUCCAUUCGGAAUGUGUAUUGUAGAUAUUUUACCCAUUGAUAUUGUAUCCAUUUAUCUACCACUUAGUCUACGGUUCUACAUUGGAAGUUCUACUUAAGUACUUGAGGUUGCCAAACCAGAUUUAAGAGUACGUAUCAUACUACAUUUAUAAGCUUUAAAGUUUUCGGUACCUCCUGGGGACAAUUUCAAUUUGACUGAAGGGUUAGCCUUUUUUCAAGGGGGUUUUCCGCUCAUAACCCUAGUGGCAUUCCCUUUAUGUGGCUGCAUAACCCUAAACCCCUAAUGCACUUUAGCUUUCGGAAAAGUUUAUGUGUAAAGAGUGUGUCCUCUGUUUUUCAUUUUGCAAAAAGUGCAGAUUUCAAUGGAAAUGGACACUUUAUACAUUUUACUGGUUACACCCCUGGCUUUUAAAGCAGAUAACAGGUCAUGUUACUUCUUGGUUUGGAGCUAAACUCAUGAGACAGGCAAUUGUGCAUAGCCCCUGCCUUGCACAGACUUCUCAUUGAGUUGCAUUGGAAAGUCUGUGAUUGGACAGCCACAGAAAGUCUGGUCAGGGUUAGGAGGAGAUGGCUUGCAGACGCAGCUGACAGGAGAAAUGCAGGUUUUUAGAUAUUCCCCCAGUGAAAAAAUGCAUAAUUAAAAGCAUGCAAGCUGUCAUUUGGGGUAUAUCUACUAAAUAGUUAUUUUUAUUUAUUUUGUAUUUGGGCAGUGGAGUGUCCCUUUGAGAACAAAAUAGCCAGAAUUUUAAACAAAAUCUCCACGUUAGUAAUACUUGCAGUUCUUCUACUUUGACUUUAAAUUUGAAAUUGACUUGAAAUUCUCAUCAACUUUUACUUUAGUGAGUAUGCCUGUUUGUGUUGAAUAUUUUGUAGAUUUGUCCUAGUCUUAGUGAAGAAUGCUCUUGAAAUACCUUUUACACGUACAUACCUUUCCGAAUGUGUUACAUUUCAGGUGAAGCACCAUGUCCAACGUCUCUGGGUCUUGGCCAAACUUGGCCCUGGCAGUCUGUCAUCCAGCAAGGCCAAACACCUAUAUGCAUCGGCAGUCUGUUAGCAGCAUUCUGGGUCCUUGUUCCUGCAAGCUGUGUUAGCAAGAGGUGUGUGUCCAACUUUUAAGAUAUCCUUUAUUUCUUAUUUUUAUUUUAAACUUGACUGUAAAAUUUAUAGUAAUAAUUCAUAAAUGUAGGUUAACAACUGACCUUAUCUAUAUAGACUUUCACACUAGGGGGAGCUCUGCGCACAGUAAUACAAUUUGGUACAUCCAGGGAUGUCAACCACCCUGCCAUUCAGCUAAUUGGUGAUUUGUUUUUGACACACCAUGAUUAGUUUUUUGUACCAUGCUUUAUUACAGGGAUAGGCAACCUUUUAGUAGUACUGUGCCAAAAUCAGAUCUUGAAGUCCCUUGGUGUGCUGGUCCUAUUUUUUUCCAAUCGAGUUGUGUAUGUGAAUGUAUUCUGCUUGUGUUAUUAAUGGGUGCUUCAGAUGCUUUGCAGUGUUGUAUUUGUGUGUAUGUGGGCUGUUACAUUGUAUAUGUUCAUGAGUAGCUUGUGGUAUUGUAUAUGAACGUGGGCUGUGUAUGGUGGCUGUUUGUGGAAUUGUGUGUGUGGAUGAUAUGCCACAUUGCGUGUGUGUGGUUGUGUGUGUGUAUUGUAAGUGGUGGUGUAUUUGUGGGAACUGUGUGUAUUUGUGUGUGUGUUUUUUGUAUUACUUGUAUGAGGGGAAGGCUUAUUCUGCAGUUCUGCAUAUAUCUACCUGUGUGGGGAACGGGCUGGCCAGGUGCAGGUCAAGAGCAGGAGCCGCAAUACCUUCCAAUUCUAAGAUCACUUCCUCUAAGUGCUGCAAUAUGUAAAAUGAGGAUUUUCCCUCACCACCUGCAAUCAUCACUCGUUUGCACUAGGAAAUAUCUGAAGUCCCACUAGGACUCCUGAGUGCCAUGCAUGGCACACGUGCCAUAGGUUGCUGACCCCUGCUUUAUUAUAUCGUAAGUGUCUUUCAUGACCCUGCCCCUCAUGCCUCAACAUAGUGUCGACUUUGCAUCCAAUCUUUCUCACCACCUAUGUCGUCUAUAAUUUUCAGCCUUUCCCUUGUUUUUAAUCUGACUUGUUCUGUCCUAUGUGAUUACAGGCUCUCACCAGCCAUACCUCCCAACAUGAGCAUCCUUAUUUCAUUACCACCAGCCAUACUUCUAAAGCUUACUGUAGUGGUUAUGCUGCUAUAGGUCUAUAGGUGCCAUGCUCCAUUUUUUGUCAAAUAAUUUAGCGGUAGUUUUUCGAAAAACAGAUAUCUCCUAAUGCAGACCAAUGGCUACAAGCAUUAUUAGCUCACAAAAGCAGAUCCCGAUGCUCGUCACAUCUGGAGCUCAUGUGCAAAAUACAAUAUAGGUGGUACCUGGUGCAAACUAGAUUGGUGAGCAUAUAUCCUAAUACUUCAAAGCAAUGUUGGAGGUGUAGAGCAGAAGAGGGCACGAUGUACGGCAUCUGGUGGACUUGCCAGAAUAUCAGGGGAUAUUGGUGGAAAGUUGAAAAGAUUAUUACUGGGGCCCUGCACAUUGAGACCAAAUUGUAACCCGAGUGUGGGUUACUGUUUAUGACACUCGACACUUACACGAAGGCCCCAAGCAUGCCUGUUAUAUCACAUACUGAUAGCAGCAAACCUACUGAUAGCUAGGCAAUGGAAACAGGUUAGGGCACCAGAAAGAGUGAGUCUGAUACAACAAACCUCCAAGAAUUUAGACUACGAAACACUUCAACCCAGUGAAACAUAUGGUAGAAGCCAAGAUUUGGUGGGAAGCAUAUCUUGGACACAAGGUAGGAAUUAGGCUGAAGGAGGAUCGGGAAUAACAGAUGAUGUGAGAUCAGUGCAAAGCAAACAAAAAUAAACCAAAAAAAACCAAACUGUUAUCCUGGGGAUCGGAGACCUUGAGUGCUCGAUUGAGGGUUGUCAAUAAGGUGCUAUACUUUCGACAAACAUACCCACGGGGAAGGUGGAGAGAACCCACACUGUACAUAGUUUGCAACAUGUUGUCAUGCUAGGUCAAUCAAUAGUCUCAGGGUUAUCUCAUCUCACAGAGGCCUGGUGGACAUUACGUGAGAUCUCACAGGAAGCACUGAGAAUUCAGGACAGGAUGUCUAACACUAAUAUAUAUUUUGUGAACUAAUGUGUGGUAUCUUGGAAUGUUCAUGGAUAUUGAUAUUGCUGUUGUAUCACUUUAUUUUUGUUUCCCCCUCCCUUUUCUUUCUUCUGUAUCCCAUAAUAUGCUUUAAAAACAAUAAAUAUCAUAAAUGUGGGAAAAAAACAGAUAUCUCAUCUCUGGCAUCCAUAUUCUACCCUCUCUUCAAACUCACUGUUAAUGCAGAAACUACACUUCCAUGUUAAUUCUGAGGUGUGAUUCAAGCCAACCCUGAUGGCAGUGAUAUGCUGCUGAUCUAAUUCAAAGCUAUCAUUCCUGUCCAGAAUGGCUGGCAUCGUUCUUUAUAAUGUAAAAAAAAUGUUUGCAUUACUAGUGCAACUGAAGGGGGAAGACGUACUGGUGCCAGGAAGAGCCCUCUUGUCUACAACCUUGAAAAAAGUAAGGGACAGUAGAAUUUUGUAAUGCGUAUGGUAUGUAGAGUUGGAAAAGAGGGGAAUGGAUGAGAAGAACAAAUAUAAAUUUCUCUAUCUACUGUUUUUGUUUAUUAUAUUAACUGCAGCACUUUUUUUGUUUCAAAUUUAGGGAUGUCUCCCUUCUAAGUGUGACUUUGGGUCCUAGCUAUUCAGCUAAUACAGUGUGGAAAGUAGCAAACAUUAUCCAGCAUCCCAACUACACAGCAUCACCUCUCACUAAUGACAUCGCUCUGGUUUUACUAUCAACUCCUGCUUUAUUCAGCUCCACCAUUAUGCCUAUCUGUCUUCCUCAAACAAUGGAGAACCCAGCUUUGGGGACACUCUGCAGUAUGAACAAUGGAAAUAUUUCAGAUGGUAAGUAUUUUUGAUAAUACGUCACUUAGAUUGUAUAACAAAUAAAUUUGCGAAGAAACACUCUGUCUGAGCUAAGCCUGGCAGUGAGGAAGUCGCCCAAUGUGUUAGCCCUGCACUGAGGGCUUAGUUCAAGAGAGCUAACGGAAACUCCUAAGCAGGUACUUCUGGCUUGAUGUCGGAAGUAGUGGAGGUGGGGAGCUGCGCCUGGCAGGCCCUAGGUAAGAUGUCAAACUGUUCCUAAAUGGUUUGUUUACUUACAAUGGGGGCACCAGGGCACUCCUGGCACCAUAACUACUACAGUGUGCUAUAGUGGUAAUGGUGCUUGGAGUGUUCCUUUUAUGAGUGCAGUUGCUUAUUGGUUGAAAGUAGAUGUUUUCAGGAAUAUACCUCUAUGUAUAUAAUUUGAAAGAUACUGUAUAUGGGAAUAAAACAUUUCAUAUGUUACCUUACCUAGUAUACUAUACAGCUCUCUCUACAGCUGGGUUGGUGAUCAUGGCUGGGACGGUGACUUCAGGAGUGACCUGCCUUACUACAUCCCAGAAUGGCAUAACAUACAUCAGUCCAACUUUUACUAUGGCUUCACUCAUCCAGGUAAUACAUCAAAUGCUUGGCUAAUAUUAUAAGUAUGGGUGGACAUGUAUAGUGAAUUUCACCCAAUGGAGCAAAUACCUCUGAACCAUCAAAUUAUAGAGACAUUCUGGGGGGCGGAGCCAGGCAAUAGAACGGAGCUGUCGCAUCUCUCUCGAGCUCCGACCACAAGGCCUCAAAAGAUUAAAAAUCACCCCCAAAAACAGGCCAUAAAACCCUUUGAUGUACCCACCAUAAUGUGGCUCCCUAAAAAAUUUCGACCAGAUACUCCACAGAUGCCAACGCAGCUAAAAAUAGCAGUCAGGGCUUGGGACAAGCUUAGACAUAAACUGGUAACACCUACCCCUCUAUCGCCAGCCACCCCGCUCAACACAAUCACAUACUGCAUCCCAACCUUCAACGCCAAGCCAUGGAUAGCUAAAGGGGUCACAUAUUUGCACCAAAUACUUGCGCAUAACAAACUAAAAACCUUCCCAACUCUCCAAAAGGAAUUCCACAUACCAGAGGCCUCCCAAUUCUCUUAUAUACAGUUAAGCUCAUUCAUACGUAAACACGCAGGACUGCCCCAGAUGACAACCCCCUCGGUAUGACGAAAUGGGAACAAACAACCACUAGAGGUUCAUGGGCACCGACAUUUAAGCCACUAUCCUGGUGUUAUCAACUCAUCCGACCCACACAACACUUUGCAGAUUCCAAUCCAGCCAGGCACUGGGCACAAGACCUACAAGGCCACAUAAGUAAAGAUCAGUGGGAGCGGGCUAUAGUGACGACCAAAAAACUAAUUAAGUCGGAGGUGCUAUUGGAGCAAUAUAGGAAGACCCUAUAUAGGUGGUACAUGGUCCCCAUUCGCUUACACAAGCUAUACCCAGGUUCACCCCCGGAGUGCUGGAGGUGUGGAAAGGGAGAGGGUACAGUACUUCAUAUAUGGUGGCAAUGUGAACUAGUCACCAGCUUCUGGCGCAACAUACACUGCCUGAUUCGAGCCGCAACAGGCACCAAACUCCCCUCCACACCCAUAACAAGUCUCUUACUACACAUGCCAAGCAAUAUACCUAAAGGGAUACAGAAAUUAGCCUUCCACAUCCUCUUGACAGCUCAGAGGGCAAUAGCUAGGUUGUGGAAAUCCCAACGACCACCACUGGUGGCAGAGGUCUGCAGGGACAUUGAUACACAACACCUAUAUGAAACCUGCUACCGAGGGGUCCUUCCCUUGACAGACACAGCAGUUGAAGCAUGGAGGCUGUGGGAAAUGAGGGGAACAGGAGACACACCCGACGGCUAAACUACUAGACGUACUCGACUCCCAGGGUCGAUCGCCAGAUAAUGAUAGACAAGCGAGCAACAAUACCCCAUGUUAGGGACAAAUGUAGAAGUGGUCAGACGUACGAACUUAGAACUUAGAAAAUGUAUGUAGGAAAUCUCAAAAAUUGUGAAUGUAAACAUUGAUGUAAAAAACUUGGUAUGGACCCCCUCUUCCCCCCCCCCGCUUUCGUUCUGUACCCCCUCCCCUCCCCCAAGUCAUGUUUGUGUUUAUGGCAUUGCCAAGAUGAAAACCAAUAAAAAUCUUUAAAUGGCAAAAAAAUCACCCCCCAAAAUAACAGUCCCCUCUGGAUCCCCAACAGUCAUGGGUCGAAAGACCAAAAAGCAGAGAAACCAAGAACUGGAGAGACCAUAGGGGACCUAUGGUGGCAGGCACAUGGCGUCCCGCAAUCUCAGCUGCCACACUACAUGGGAGAGAGCUCCGACUUCUACGACUACCAGACCAUGUGGUCGGAAGACUCACCUACGUGCACUAGGUGCACAGACAUUGCCCCCUGCGGCUACUGAGCCUAAAACAGAUGCAGCGCUUGUUACUAAGGCAGAUAUGCAAGAACUGCUGGCAGGCCUCAGGCGCGACAUCCACGUGGAUGUAGCCAUGCUCCUCACAGGCUGCAUGGGCACGCUAGAGGAGAAGUCCCACACCACCACAACACAACUCACUUAAUUGCAACAGGAGCUGCACAUGCUCCAAAAACAACACACCACUCUUGAGUAUGCAGCUAUGGAGGCCUCCAGACGCCGCAAUAACCUCAAGAUUAGAGGUGGCAGAGGCUGUUCCGGACACGGAAUUACCACACUUCAUCAGAUGCCUCCUAUGUGCAAUCCUAACUCCCAGACAAGCCAAGUCGCUGGCAAUAGACGGAGUGUUUCGGAUCCCCAGAUCGGCCCCGGCCCCUAUCACAGCCCCAAAGGGACUUGAUUGUUUGCUUCCAGGCUGGACAGGACAGGGCCUCUGUGCUGGGCUCUCUCAGAGGACAGACGCCUUACCACUUUGAGAACUUUCUUCUUACCUUCUAUGUGGAUCUCUCGGGGAGCUCCUUAGUGUGGCGGAAAAUGAUGCAGCCCUUCACCACGUUCCUGCGAGUGCAGGGUAUCACAUACAUAUGGAAAAUGGCCCACAUGCUGAUGGUCACCCAGAACGGUGCCUCCUACCCAGUCCACGACAUUGGAGAAGCAGAGGCGAUGCUGGUGAAGUUCGGCCUUCCACAGGACUCACUUACAAAAGGCAAAUGCAUGUGGCGGCCCAACCCCACACCUGGGACCCAGUUGGCACAGCCCCAUUUGUACCCAGGAGGCCCCCAGCAGACACCAACACGGCGGCCACCACCUGAACUCCCACUGGAGGUCUACAGCACUAGACCGUUCAUACUAUACUUACCAUUAACUUGUUCGAGCUGAAGCCUCACCGGACGUUGUUCUAUAUUCCCUAAAGUUGAUACCAAGAUUAUUUCAGUUUAUGUUCUUUUGUUCAGCUAAUAUGUACACACUUGUAUCCUGCGCCUCACCACUAGACCUCUCACUCACACGGCCACCACCACAGAGGGGAUAGGGCAGGGCAUGCGGGCACAGACUUCGGGCCACAUGGGAACACAUAUGGUUAUCAAGACCUACACCAGGGCCGGAACCUACACCUCCACCACUGGUUGCCGAUUGAGUAACCAUGAGUGGCCUUUUAUUAUGGCCAGCCUAAGGCACACCUCUGCAAUAAUCAUGCUGUCUAAUCAGCAUCUUGAUAUGCCACACCUGUGAGGUGGAUGGAUUAUCUCGGCAAAGGAGAAGUGCUCACUAACACAGAUUGACAGAUUUGUGAACAAUAUUUGAGAGAAAUAGGCCUUUUCUGUAUGUAGAAAAAGUCUUAGAUCUUUGAGUUCAGCUCAUGAAAAAAAAGGGGCAAAAAGAAAAGUGUUGCAUUUAUAAUUUUGUUCAGUGUAUAUAUACACACACACACACAUACAUAUAUACACACAUGCACAUUGGUGUAUCCUGGUUUUGUGCUGCCCUAGGCAGGACAAAACUCAGGCUUGCCACGCCACGCCACCCCCACCCAACCCUUCCCCCCGCCCUGCCUUCUAAAUACACACACACACACACAUUCACUGACACAUACGCAUACACUAGCUGACACACACACACUAACAGGCAAACACACUCACAGUCACUAACAGACACACACUCCUCUUUACCUUUGGGAAUGCUGCUGGGGGGGGGGUUCUCCCUCUCCCUGGGGUCAAGUGGGGCUGCUGGUCGGGCGGCGCUGGCGAGGGAGCACUUUCCCAUGAGCGCUCUGCUCAGCUGACGUCAUAUUCUGGCUCCCAGCAUCACUCUGCGGCGCGCAAGGGAGCCGAGCAGAGCGCUCAGGGGAAAGUGCUCCCUCGCCAGCACCGCCCGCUCGCCCGACCGACUUGUCAGUUAGCCAUAAGGCUAACAAGACAUUUGCCCUGGGCAUUUCGGGGCAGCUUUUUUUGCCGCCCCCUGGAAAAUGCUGCCCAAGGCAAAUACGGCCCUGUACAUACACACAAACAAAAUUAACAGUUACUUACAGUAUCUCACAAAAGUGAGUAAACCCCUCACAUUUUUGUAAUAUUUUAUUAUAUCUUUUCAUGUGACAAAGAAGAAAUGACACUCUGCUACAAUGUAAAGUAGAAGUGUACAGCCUGUAUAACAGUGUAAAUUUGCUGUCUAAACCGUUGGCAACAAAAGUGAGUACACCCCUAAGUGGAAAUGUCCAAAUUGGGCCCAAUUAACCAUUUUCCCUCCCCGUUGUCAUAUGACUUGUUAGUGUUACAAGCUCUCAGGUGUGAUUGGGGAGCAGGUGUGUUAAAUUUGGUGUUAUUGCUCUCACACUCUAUAAUACUGGUCACUGGAAGUUCAACAUGGCACCUCAUGGCAAAGAAUUCUCUGAGGAUCUGAAAAAAAGAAUUGUUGCUCUACACGAAGAUGGCUAGACUAGGCUAUAAGAAGACCCUGAAACUGAGCUGCAGCAUGGUGGGCAUGACCAUACAGCGGUUUCGCAGGACAGGUUCCACUCAGAACAGGCCUUGCCAUGGUCGACCAAAGAAGUUGAGUACACAUGCUCAGAGUCAUAGCCAAAAGUUGCCUUUGGGAAACAGAUGUGCUGCCGGCAUUGAUGCAGAGGUUGAAGGGGUCUGUAAGUGCUCAGACCAUACACCGCACACUGCAUCAAAUUGGUCUGCAUGGCUGUCAUCCCAGAAGGAAGCCUUUUCUAAAGAUGAUGCACAAGAAAGCCAGCAAACAGCCUGCUGAAGACAAGCACACUAAGGACAUGGAUUACUGGAACCAUGUCCUGUAGUCCGAUGAGACCAAGAUAAACUUAUUUGGUUCAGAAGGUGUUAAGCGUGUGUGGCGGCAACCAGGUGAGGUGUACAAAGACAAGUGUGUCUUGCCUACAGUCAAGCAUGGUGGUAGGAGUGCCAUAGUCUGGGCCUGCGUGAGUGCUGCCGGCACUGGGGAACUAUAGUUCGUUGAGGGAACCAUGAAUGCCAACAUGUACUAUGACAUACUGAAGCAGAGCAUGAUCCCCUCCCUUCGGAGACUGGGCCGCCUGGCAGUAUACCAACAAGAUAACGACCCCAAACACACCUCCAAGACUACCACUGCCUUGCUAAAGAAGCUAAAGGUGAUGGACUGGCCAUGCAGAUCUCCUAAAUCCUAUUGAGCAUCCACAAAUGGAAGGUGGGGGAGCGCAAGGUCUCUAACAUCCACCAGCUCCAUGAUGUUGUCAUGGAGGAGUGGAAGAGGACGCCAGGAGCAACCUGUGAAGCUCUGGUGAACUCCAUGCCAAUGAGGCAGUGCUGGAAAAUAAUGGUGGCCACACAAAAUAUUGACACUUUGGGCCAAUUUGGACAUUUCCACUUAGGGAUGUACUCACUUUUGUUGCCAACAGUUUAGACAUUAAUGGCAGUGUGUUGAGUUAUUUUGAGGGAACAGCAAAAUUCCCUGAACAGCAAAUUUACACUGUUAUAAAGGCUUUACACUUACUGCUUUACAUUGUAGCAGAGUGUCAUUUCUUCAGCGUUGUCACAUAAAAAGAUAUAAAAUAUUUACAAAAAUGUGAGGGGUUUCCUCACUUUUGUGAGAUACUAUAUAUCACGCAUAUCCACAGAAGAGCAUUGACUGCAAGGAAAGGGACGCAAUAACAUCUACAGACGUCCACUCACAUGACCUUUUGGGAGCUCUGCUGUAUGGUCACAGCAUUGCUAUGCAGAUGGGUGCUUUAGUAACCUUACACAAAUAUAACAACAUUGUUUAAGUGAAGAAGAAAUAACAUUAAUUGACAGUAAAAGUUCUGAAAAUCUUCCUAAACAAUGUUCCGUAAAGAUGGUUUGGACAUAUACAAUAAAUAAGAUUAAAUCAGAGUAAGAUUCCUGUCUCUCGUACCCAGAGGGCUUGGAGGCAUGGCUUGAAACCGCGCUUAUUUAGUUUAAUAUUGGGUUUUGGGUACUAUAACAACUACAAUAAAAUUAAGUUCUUAAAGUGCCUAGAGUGUCCUUUUAAUGACAUCCUGAGGGUAAAGCAGAGCUGUGGCAUGUAAAAAGGUAAACAAUUUUUUUUUAUUUAAACAGUGGGUGGCCCUAAAUCUUCACAUAAAAAAGGAACAUGCCAGCAUUACAAAUAAAUAUUUAUUUUUAACUUUGGAGUGUUUCUUUAACAUGUGUCUCUUUUUCCAUUUUAGGUGGAUGUUGGGAGCACUUUGGUCUGCAUGGGCACAAACAAAGCAGUUUAUCUUCAAGGGAUCACAUCUUCACAACAGAAAAGCACCAGUCUGAACAGCUCAUGUGUGAACUACAUUAACAUUGGUCCUGCCAUAGAUUGGAUCAAAACUUACAUUAUAGAUUAAUUCAACGUGACUAUUGUUCAGCGAUUUCAUAUGUAUAUAAUUAAGCUUUUUGUGUGUAUUUAAUGGUCUGUUAAGCCAUCACUUACCGUUUAACCAUCCCUACGACUUUCUCAGGUCUUCCUUCAAAAUACUAGUUUUGUUGACUUUGCAUCCAGCUAGAUCAUGUUAUGAUCUGCAUGCCACACGCUAUUUUCAACUUACAAUAUAUUCUUUUCCAAAUGAGUUUCAGCUAUUAUAAUGCCUAUUACAAGGGUGUACUUUUCAGCAUAUUUGGAUCCAGUGAAGCAUGUCUCCAUUACCUCUUUUAUUAGAGAUGUAAUACAGAGUUAACCCACAAGAUGUUGCCAAAGUAUUUUUCAAUUUCAUUACAUUUAUAAUUAGCUCUUGUCCACACUGUGUUCCUGACCGGGCUGCAUCAGAGUCUGCAACAUGGUGCCAAGGUGGAGAGAUGCCUGUCACAAAGGGUGGUCUCAAGGAAGUUGCAGGGCAGGGGGAACAUCAUCUAAGUUUAUUAAGGCAGGCAACUGUGUCUUAAUAAAAGUACACUGCAACCAAACCUGGAAGGAAUAGGGCUUAACAGUGGAGUGCAGAAACAUUAGGAUAUGGAGGCAGGCACUCACUGAUGGAGCACUGCCAGCCACCAUUUGAGAUCUUUGGGAGCAGAGCUGAGUGCAUGCAGGGGUUGCAAAUCUAUUCAUAUUAAAGGACCACUAUAGUGCCAGGAAAACAUACUUGUUUUCCUGGCACUAUAGUGCCCUGAGGGUGCCCCCACCCUCAGGGCUCUAGGGGGUGGAAGGGGUUAAAUUUACCUCUUUCUCCAGCACCGGGUGGGGAACUCUCCUCCUCCAUAUCGCCAUCAUCGGCUGAAUGCACAUGCGCGGCAGGAGCCGCGUGCGCAUACAGCCAGUCCAUUGGAAAGCAUUCUCAAUGCUUUCCUAUGGACGCCGGCGUCUUCUCACUGUCAAAAUCACAAUGAGACAGUCACUAGAGGCUGGAUUAACCCUAUAAUAAACAUAGCAGUGUCUCUAUGUUUAUAGAAGAAAGUGGUAAUCCUAGCUGGACCUGGCACCCAGACCACUUCAUUAAGCUGAAGUGGUCUGGGUGCCUAUAGUUGUCCUUUAAAAUAGACACAUGAUGGUGGAAGUCGGUGCCUGCCUUAAUACACGCACACAGGGCAUUGAUCAUGGGUAGUCAACCUUAUAAUACCUAUCGCCUACUUAUGUAUCUUUGUUGAUGCUAAAAUUUCCUUACCACCUAAAGGUGCUGCAGUAACUCAAUAUUUUAGCUCAAAUGCGCAUAGUUUUCUAGAAAGAAGUUUUUUGUUGUUGUUUUUUUUUUACUUAAAUGUAUCUUUUUAUUUUGACUUUAUGCAUGUUUAUACAUAUAUAAUUUAAAUUUAAUGAAUUAACG